CUCACGGCUGCUGCUGGAGGAAAAUCGUCACUACGACGUAAAAGUUUCUUUUUAAAAAUUGCAUUGUAUAGACAAAACAAACUUGCCUGACUCAAUUAUUUUUUUAUUUUUUUAUAAAGCGAAGGCGUUUAAAACCGGAUUUUCACAAUGCCCGUGACUAAUAAUAACAAUGCUUCACAUGCAAAAAAGGGCCCAAGUGUUCAAAAGGGACCCGUCGCUAAGUCAACCAAAGCCCCAAGUAAGAAAAAGGAUGAGGACGUGGCCGCGGACGUGGGUGAUGGAUUGGACGAGUGGGCUCCUGGGAAACUCCUUAAGCCUGCAGAUCAGCUGGAACUUACUGAGACUGAGCUGAAAGAGGAAAUUACAAGAGUCCUGACAGCAAACAACCCACAUGCUCCACAAAAUAUUGUCCGCUACAGCUUCAAGGAACGUUCCUUCAAAGCAAUCAGUGUUGUGGAUCAGUUGGCUGUUCACUUUGUGUUGGAGGGUAGCCUCUUGCAUCAAGACUCUGAUGAAGCUCGAAGGUGGAGGGUCAAGGAGGAUUUCACUGAAGAGAAUACAACAACUGAAACUGGAGAAGGAUCUGAUGAAGAUCAUGAAGAGACUCCGGCUACACCUGUAGAGGAUGGAGGAGAGGUUGAGGAAGCCGCAGAAGAAGACAGACCAGACAGCGCUGUCUCCAAAACUGACAAGGAAGAGCUGAAACUUAAAAAUCAGUUCAAUUUCAGUGAGAGGGCCUCCCAAACUCUCAAUAAUCCUUUAAGGGAAAGAGGGUGCCAGACUGAACCUCCUCCACGCAGCAAUUUCUCUGCUACUGCUAAUCAGUGGGAGGUCUAUGAUGCCUACCUGGAGGAGCUACAGAGGCAAGAAAAAAAUAAAGAGAAGCAGAAAGCUCCACAGCUGAAGAAAGAUAGUGAAAAAAUUAAGAGAAAGGUGAUGCUGACGGAGGCUCAGAUUGAUGAUAUCAGUAGAGUUGGCAAAGCGUCCAAGAUCUGUGAACGAAUGAUCAAUCAAAAUACAUUUGACGACAUAGCGCAAGAUUUUAAAUACUUUGAGGAUGCUUCUGAUGAGUUUAGGGACCAGGAGGGCACCCUUUUGCCUUUGUGGAAAUUUCAGUACGACAAAGCCAAAAGACUUUCUGUCACUGCCCUCUGCUGGAAUAACAAGUAUCAGGAUCUAUUUGCUGUGGGAAUGGGAUCAUAUGACUUCACCAAACAAGGUCAUGGCAUGCUCAUCUUUUACUCAAUGAAGAACUCUGCUUUCCCAGAACACAUUUACCCAACAACGUCUGGCAUCCUGUGCCUGGACAUUCAUGAGCAACACACCUACUUAGUGGCAGUAGGCUUCUAUGAUGGUUGUGUGGCUGUCUACAACUUGAAGGUGGAAGGAGUAGAGCCUGUUUACAAAAGUACUGCAAAGACUGGCAAGCACACUGAUCCUGUCUGGCAGGUGCGUUGGCAGAGUGAUGACAUGGACAACAAUCACAAUUUUUAUUCUGUGUCAUCUGAUGGCCGAGUCCUCUCUUGGACACUAGUCAAGAAUGAGCUGGUCUUUUCAGACAUUAUCAGACUGUCAGUGAAUGGUGCUGUCUCAGAGGACCCAGAGGGUGCACUGCUGCCCAGCAUUGCUUGUGGUACAUCCUUCGACUUCCAUAAGCAGAUUGAUUAUCUGUUCUUGGUUGGCACUGAGGAGGGGAAAAUACACAAGUGUUCCAAGAAUUAUUCAAGCCAGUUCCUGGAGACAUAUGAUGCCCACACCAUGGCAGUAGAUGCUGUAAAAUGGAACCACUUCCAUCCAAAGGUUUUCCUCUCUUGCAGUGCAGACUGGACUGCCAAGAUUUGGGACCAUACCAUAAACAGUCCAAUGUUCACCUUUGACCUGAGUGCAGGCGUUGGAGACAUAGCUUGGUCUCCGUAUUCCUCUACUGUGUUUGCUGCUGUGACAACAGUUGGAACAGUUCACGUCUUUGACCUCAACAUCAACAAAUAUGAGGCUAUUUGCCAGCAGGCAGUGGUGUCCAAAAAGAAAACCAAGCUGACACAGAUCGAGUUCAAUCCCAUCUAUCCUGUCAUCAUAGUGGGUGAUGACCGAGGGUAUGUCACCAGCCUCAAACUCUCUCCUAACCUCCGCAAGAAGCCCAAGAGCAAGAAGGGUCAGGAGCUGCCUAAGGGUCCAGAAGUGGAAGUAGCCAAGAUGGAGAAGCUUCUCAGUCUGCUGAGAGAACCGGAGAACAUCACAGUUUAAGGUGGCCAGCAUGGCGUCUCUGCUCAGCAUUGCAGCAUGGUACAAUUUUCAUUCAUGAAAGCCCCACUUCUUCCAUUCAGUGUUUGAAGUAAAUGACAUCAACAUGACAAGGGAAGUAUUUGUGUAUGUUUAUUAGGAUGCUUUCUCUGGAUGUAACAUUAAAUGUUGAUUAAUUAUUCAUAUUCAAAUAAAAACCCACUCGUUG